AUGGGAAAGAAGCCGUUCUCAUCGAGCUUUGUCUUAGUGAAUCUUUAGCCUCGAGUUCAGAAUGUUCUCGUUUUUCCCAUCGUGCCUUCUGGCCUUCACGUUGUGUUCCACUUUGUGCGUGCAUAUGGUCCAAUCGGACUCCCAUUCCCUAGAACAAGACCAGGAUCUGAGUGAACCAUCUAGGCCCAAUGAAGCUCAAGAGGACCACUCAUUGGAGUCCAACUCCAACUUCAACUCGGAUUUUGGCUUCGGGAACCAUGACGAUGAGAACCUAGAAGAAGAUGGUCAAAUCAACGAAGAGCAACCACAACAAAAUGAUUUUGACGCUGGAUCUUUCGAAGGCCACGAUGCUAGAGAGUCAAAUGGACGAGAUGGAGAUCCUAUUAUAGAAUCAUUCCGCACGCAAUUGGAAGAUGCUAAUCGAGCUAUUAAGGGAGAACCAGACCGGGAGUCGUUCCAUUUCGAAGUGGACCAAUAGCGAAGGAGUCAACCGUGGAAUGUGAGACGAUUCCAAAUCCAGCCUGCAGAGCCUUGGAAAGAGUCUUCUUUCUUCAAAUCAAGUGAAUCUUAGCAUGUCUAAAAACAAGAGAGCGUGGCUUACCAUAUUAACGAUAGAUAAAUUUGAAAUAUAACAUACUCUUCAGUAAGUCAAAUAUACUGAGGAACGCGUAA